GAAUAGUUAACUGAAUGGCAGUUUUGUCCUUAUGAAACUACUCUCUCUCUCUCUCUCAAAAACACUGUAACGGUUCCCCGAUUCAUACAGAUGAACCAUUCCAAUUCUUAAAUUUGCCAUUUCCGACAACAGAACACAACCUUAGCAGUUCCAAAUCCAUCCACCAAAAACCGCAAAACAGGUAAUAAUAUUUCCCUCAUCUCAUCCCUACAUGCUUACAAUGAAAACAUGUUGAAGAAAAUCUGUUUCUCCUCAGCUCAUCCUUAAUUUCAAAGGAUAAUAGUCUGAAUUCGUUGUCCAUAAAUCUAUAAACUCGAUCGGUUGUGUGAGAAUGGAGGGCGUUGUAGCGGAAGACGACAAGGAAGUGAGGAUGGAGAAAUGCAGCAGCAACACAGUCGUCACAGACACGAGCCAAGUGAUGAGCAGUGAGAGUAGAAAGCGAAUUGAGAAAAAGGGCGUCACAAAUUCAGAAUCAUCGAAGAUGAAAACGAAGAAGAAGGAAGCAAGAAUAUCGGAGGUGUUGGGGCGCAGCCUGAGCCAGAGCCUGUCGUUUCCGGGCAGGGGGCGGCAGUCGGACAUAAUGAAGAGGAGCAUAGAGAUAUAUCCGACCGACUCCGAUGUUAAGCAGUUCCAGAAGAACAGCUCCAAGGUGGAGUCACGAGUUUCCCAAAGAAGAAGUAAUCCCGUCAGCCUCGGGAAGAAGCCCUUCCCCGGAUCUCGCCCUCUUUCUGUUUCUGUUUCUGCUUCUGAUGCAUUGGUUGAUAAAGAGGACGAUGCUCGUUCCACUACUUCAUCGAAUCUAAGGCUAUUCUCCUUCAGAUCGGAAGAACGCGCCCAGAGACGAAAAGAGUUUUUCUCCAAGAUAGAACACAAAGUUCAAGCCAAGGAAGUCGAGAAGAAUGAUAUGCAAGCAAAAUCCAAGGAAAAUCAAGAGGCGGAGAUAAAGCAACUGAGGAAGAGCCUGACAUUUAGAGCAACCCCAAUGCCCAGUUUCUACAAAGAACCUCCUCCAAAAGUGGAACUCAAGAAGAUACCGACUACACGAGCAAAAUCUCCGAAGCUAGGGAGGCAGAAAGGGGGCAGUGGUAGUGAAAGUGGUAGUCCCCGCAGAUCAAGUAACGAUGCCAAGAGCUCCUUCACUGCAAAGAGCUCGUUGUCGAGGGUGCAUACUCAAGAAUCCACAAUGCCUGCUCAAGUGCAGGUUGAAGGUUGAACCAACCCAUUAAUUCUCAUAUAUGAUCUUCUUUUUUUUCCUCCUCUCGUGGAACUACAUUUUGUUGUGAAUAGUGUUGUUUGUAUGUUGAAGUUUCAGUUAUAUAUAUGUGUUGGCUACAGUAUUAUUUGCA